AUGGAUAUGCCCCCAGUACAACAACAACAACCACAACCACAACAGCCUCAACCUCCAGUCUCUCCUACAAUCCCCAAACAACCCAGAUCUUCUGCAUCCAGGUCUAAAAGGGCUACAAACUCUGAAGAAAACCCCUCUACUAAGAAGACCAGAACAUCUGUUGCUACACAAGUUCUGAAGACAAAGUCUGAUAAACCAGCAACCUCUGAUGCUGCAAACACUGAUCCUGUAAACACUGAAGCUGCUUCUCCUCAAAAGCAGAAAAGGAGGAGACUGGUUGCAGCCUAUGAUUAUGAUGAUCUUGAACCUGCACAUGCAACAAACUCUGAACCUCCUCCUGCAACAAACUCUGAUCCUUCCCAGGCCAGUCCUCAAACAAAGACACCAAGAUUCAAAAGAAGAGCAAACAAGCCUAAGAGGCUAAGGGUGCCAAUCACAGAAAUCACAGAUUUUACAGUUGAGGAAGAGCAAACACCAUCUACCACACUACCAGAAUCUUCUCAAGCUCUGAUGGUGCUUCCUCUUCAAGCAGUUCCGCUCUCAACUGCUACAGCAUCUUCUACUUCAUCUGAAGUAGAUGAAGAAAUUAUAUGCAAGGAGCAAGCUACAGCUGAAGCUGAGACACCAGUGUCUGAUUUUCAAAUUCCAGUAUCUGAUCAUGGACCCUCCACUCCAAUUCCUCAUUCUCCAAUGAAAAUUCCUGAGGGUGCCAUUGUUCAUGAUACUGCUCCUGAAAAUUACAAGUCAGAUGCUGUAGUUGAAGAACCUGAUAAGGUAGCAGUGGAAGCACUGCAGUCUCUUGCUAAGGCUGGUGGAGAGCCUAGCAAAUCAAAAGCUGAUGUUCAAGAAAAAUCUGUUCAAGAAACUGUUGAGAAAGUUGCUAAUCCUGCAUCUGAUAAUGAUGAGGAUGAUGACAGUUCAGAUGAUGACAAUGAUAAAAAUGAUGAUGAAGCCCCUUUGUCUCAUUUACAACAAAAGUGGGAGUCCACCAGCCAAUACAAUGCCAGGCUGCAGACUCUGAACACAAACUCUGAGCCACUUCCCAGGGAUCUUCAGGUUGAUCCACCAACUGAACCAUUCAGGCUUCAUAAAAGGGUAUUCAAGGACCUCAUCUCCAUAGAUGAGAAGUAUCCAAUUCAGAGACCCCUUCUCAUUCCAGCUCAAGUUAGAGUCAGGAUGGAUAUGCCCCCAGUACAACAACAACAACCACAACCACAACAGCCUCAACCUCCAGUCUCUCCUACAAUCCCCAAACAACCCAGAUCUUCUGCAUCCAGGUCUAAAAGGGCUACAAACUCUGAAGAAAACCCCUCUACUAAGAAGACCAGAACCUCUGUUGCUACACAAGUUCUGAAGACAAAGUCUGAUAAACCAGCAACCUCUGAUGCUGCAAACACUGAUCCUGUAAACACUGAAGCUGCUUCUCCUCAAAAGCAGAAAAGGAGGAGACUGGUUGCAGCCUAUGAUUAUGAUGAUCUUGAACCUGCACAUGCAACAAACUCUGAACCUCCUCCUGCAACAAACUCUGAUCCUUCCCAGGCCAGUCCUCAAACAAAGACACCAAGAUUCAAAAGAAGAGCAAACAAGCCUAAGAGGCUAAGGGUGCCAAUCACAGAAAUCACAGAUUUUACAGUUGAGGAAGAGCAAACACCAUCUACCACACUACCAGAAUCUUCUCAAGCUCUGAUGGUGCUUCCUCUUCAAGCAGUUCCGCUCUCAACUGCUACAGCAUCUUCUACUUCAUCUGAAGUAGAUGAAGAAAUUAUAUGCAAGGAGCAAGCUACAGCUGAAGCUGAGACACCAGUGUCUGAUUUUCAAAUUCCAGUAUCUGAUCAUGGACCCUCUGAAAGGUGGUCGUUCAAUCAAGACAAAGAAUCAGAUCUUUUAGAGGAAGUUAAAAGACCUGCUGCUGAAGACUGUGCUCAAUAG